AUGGCCCCCGUCGAGGAUACCUGCGCCUCCUUGCGGGCGCAGAUCUCCGCCACAGAAGCCCACCUCGCCGGGCUCAAACGCGACCUCGCCGAAGCCGAGAAAGUCGCGCACAGCGCGCGCCCCACCAACGAUUAUGAGAAUGCGCCCAAUUGCACUGACACUGAGACUGGCACCGGUCGGUGGCCACUGCUAAAGGAGGAAUAUAAGCGAUAUGGUCGGCAGAUGAUUGUAUCUCAGCUUGGUCUAGAAGGUCAACUCAAACUACGAUCCGCAAGAGUUCUUCUCGUAGGAGCUGGUGGCUUGGGAUGCCCGGCUGCCCAGUAUCUCGCCGGUGCAGGCGUGGGCACUAUCGGGCUGAUUGACGGCGACACCGUCGAGAGCUCGAAUCUGCAUCGCCAGGUGCUGCACCGCACGAAGAAUGUCGGGAAAUACAAGGUGGACAGCGCCAUUGAGGCAUUGAGGGAACUCAACCCCCAUCCGACGUAUAUCCCCCAUCGAACACAUCUUACCCCCGAAGACGCCCCCGCGAUCUUCGCCAACUACGACUUCAUCCUCGAUUGCACCGACAAUCCCGCGACGCGAUACCUGAUCUCCGACACGGCUGUUCUACUCGGCAAGACUUUGGUUUCCGCAUCUGCAUUACGAACCGAGGGCCAGCUGAUGGUCCUGAACAACCCGCCUCGACCCCCCGGAGAUCCAGAGGGAGGUCCAUGCUAUCGAUGUGUCUUCCCCAAGCCACCGCCAGCGGACAGUGUUGUCAGUUGUGCCGAUGGGGGAAUUUUGGGACCGGUGGUUGGCACAAUGGGAGUUCUACAAGCGUUGGAAGCCAUCAAGGUGAUCACAACGCCGUCCCCGGAUAACUCGAGCUCGACGCCAAAACGCGAGUCACCGUCCCUCCUGAUCUUCUCCGCAUACUCGAAUCCCCAAUUCCGCUCUAUCCGCUUGCGUGCCCGCCGGGCUAACUGUGCUGUCUGUUCCGGUGAUGCCUCAGUUACAUUGGACACGAUCAGGUCCGGAUCUACCGAUUAUGUUUUCUUCUGUGGUUCGGCGACCCUUCCCUCCUUGCUGGCGCCUAGGGAACGUAUUUCGCCGAAGGCCUACCGCGAAAAACACUCCCAACCCACCAACUUAGAAAAAUCCAUCAUGAUUGAUGUGCGUGACAAGGCACAAUUUGGCAUUUGCAAUCUGGAAAAUAGCAUCAAUGUCCCCAUCAGCAAUAUUCUUGCUUCGAGGGCCAAUCCUUCCCAGGCUGAACUGCCCCCCUGGGUCCCCGCCGAGCUGGCCUCGUCCGAGUCGAAAGAUCCCAUCUAUGUGAAGUUGAAAGAGUUGGGACUGGACCAGAAUGGACAACGGUACAUUGGAGAUAUUCAAGGUGGAUUCCGGGCAUGGCGGGAGCAGGUCGACCCCGACUGGCCGGAGUACUGA